AUGGUUGCUUUUGUGCGUCUGAGGCGAAUUGCUUUAACUGCAGACCUGAAAGACGAGCUAAACUGGAAUCGGAACUUGUCAGUGGACGUGGUUAUUGGGGUUUCUGUUUGUCAUCAGAACCAUACACGCAAUGGCACGAUAUUUAACUCGCGUCUACUCCUUUGUUUCGUUUCCCUUUUCUGUUGUUUAGAACCAGCCUUCGGGGAGGUAAACCAGCUCGGCGGUGUGUUUGUAAACGGAAGACCGCUACCCAACGCCAUCCGCCUCAGGAUUGUAGAACUGGCACAGCUAGGAAUCAGGCCGUGCGAUAUCAGCCGACAGCUUCGGGUUUCUCAUGGCUGCGUGAGUAAGAUCCUGGCCCGCUAUAACGAGACCGGCUCCAUUCUGCCCGGUGCUAUCGGCGGCAGCAAACCGCGGGUCACCACUCCCACUGUGGUCAAGCAUAUUAGGACUUACAAGCAGCGGGAUCCGGGCAUUUUCGCCUGGGAAAUUCGAGACAGACUUCUGGCCGACGGUGUGUGCGACAAAUUCAAUCUACCUUCUGUCAGCUCGAUCAGUCGGAUCCUGCGAAACAAGAUCGGGAAUCUGUCGCAGCAGAGUCAGUACGAGUCAGGCAAGCAGACUUCUCAUCAUCAGCCGCAGCCCACACUGCCAUAUAACCACUUAUACUCUUAUCCGUCUCCGAUCGCUGCCACAGGGGCUAAAGUACCAACUCCCCCUGGCAUGGCUGCUCUUCAGGGACAUAUGGCUAUGCACAGAAUAUGGCCAUCUUCCCAUUCUGUCACAGAUAUUCUUGGCAUUCGGUCAAUAACGGAGCAGCAAAUUAGUGACAUUGCGCCGUUUUCCAGCGCCAAACUAGAAGAAUGGAGCACUAUUAGCAGGGGUAAUUUCUCGUCAGAGUCCCCACUAGUCAAUGGCGUGGAUAAGCCUCACUUAGAAGCUGAAGCUUUACCUAAAUUCUCACAGACGCUGAAUGGAUUGCCCACAGUGAACAGCUAUGUCACAGCGCCCAGCAUCCAUCCUUAUCAUCCUCCCACCCAAGUGUCGCCUUACAUGGGGUACAGCGGCACCACGUCGGCCUAUGUGACCGGCCCCACAUGGCAGCCGCCCAGUGGCAGUGCUCUCUCUCCCCACAGCUGUGACCUUGCUACUCCGCUAGCCUUCAAGGGUAUGGCAGCAACCCGGGACUCGAUGCACCUCGUCACUGCCUCUGCUCUCUGA